UUUGCCACUGUGCUGACACCAGUCAACUACUUCAACAUUAAAGGGAACAACACCCAACUGCCUCCAUGUCUGACGAAGACGGGUGCCACCUGUGCAAGGAAGAUCUCAGGGACCCUGUGUCCAUCCCGUGUGGCCAUGAAUUCUGCUCUAUUUGCCUGAAGACCUACUGGGACCAUGCUGACCACACUGGCUCGUACUCCUGCCCACAGUGCAGGGUCUCUUACAACAAGAGGCCCACUCCGCGACGAAUCGGCAGCUCCCGGCACUCCACCAUGCAACGGAACACAGAAUCCUUUCCACCGCCACCUCCUUCCCCGGACUACAACUACGCGGGACCCCAAGAUGUGGGAUGUGACAUCUGCAUUGGCAAGAAGCACAAAGCCGUCAAGACCUGCCUGAUGUGUCUGGCCUCCUACUGCGAGAGGCACCUCAAGCCUCACUAUGAGUCCUCCACUUUUAAGAGGCACAAGCUGGUGGAUGAAAUCGGCCACCUCGACAGGCAGAUCUGCCCGCAGCAUCAGAAGGGUCUGGAGCUGUUCUGUCGCACUGACCAGAUGUGUAUCUGCGUGCUGUGUACGGUGAAAGAGCACAAAGGUCACGACAUGGUGUCGGCCGAGCAGGAGAGAGCGGAAGAACAGCAACGACUGGGUGCCACCCAGGCUGAGAUCCAGGAGAAAAUUCACGACCGCCUCAAGCAGAUGGAAGAACUAAAACAAGCAGUGGACUCCCUCAAGAACUCAGCCCACAGAACGCUGCAGGAAUGUGAGAAGAUGUUUGCAGACAUGAUGCGCUCCAUUGAGAGGAUGCAGCAGGAGAUGUCCAAGCUGAUAACCACCAACAAGAGGGCAGCGCUCAGCAACGCCGAGGGUCACAUGGAGCGUCUGAGCCACGAGAUCUCUGACCUGAGGAGGAGAGACAACGAGAUCACUCAGCUGUCCCGCACUGAGGACCACAUCCACUUCAUCCAGAGCUACCACAUGCUGAUAGCCCAGACAGAGGCAGAGGAGUUGCCUACCGUAAGCGUCAACCCCUACUUCAGCUUCGGCCCGGUGACUAAGGCCGUGUCAGAGAUGAAGCAGCACCUGAAUGACUUCAGCAACGAAGAGCUGGUGAAGGUAGCCAAGUCAGUUAACAAAAUGAGCUUCUGCGAGCUGGAUGACUCCAAAAAGAAACGCUCAAUAAAAAGUGAGGAAGCUGCCAUGUACAAAUCUGUUCCUGUCCACGAACCCAAGCACAGGGAUGAUUUCAUGAGAUAUGCUUGCCAGCUCACUCUGGACCCACACACAGCCUACAGACAGCUCUACCUAUCCCGCAGCAACCGGAAAGCUACCCUCAAGAGAGACCCCCAGGACUACCCUGACAAUCCCGCCAGGUUCGACUCCCUGCCCCAGGUCCUGUGUAAAGAACCCCUCUCUGGCGGCCCCUUCUACUGGGAGGUAGACUGGAGCGGGGAGGGGGCUGCCAUCGGAGUCACCUACAGAGGCAUCAAGAGGAUAGGUUACGGCGACAGCUGCCGCAUCGGCUACAACCGCAAGUCGUGGAGCCUCUUCUGCUCUGAUUCCAGCUACUCAGCCCGCCACAACAAGGACCAGAUAGAUGUCAACGCGCCCUACUCCUCCCGCAUCGGGGUUUUCCUGGACCACGCCGGGGGUACUCUCUCCUUCUACGCUGUAGGGGACACCAUGUCUCUCAUCCACCGCUUCAAGGCCUCUUUUAGCGAAGUUGUCUACCCAGGCUACUGGGUGUGGUAUGACUCAGCCAUCACCCUUAUCCAGAUGUGAUUGUGUUGUUUGCUCAGUGUCCAAUGAUCAGUGUACAGCAGUGAUUUAACAAAAUUAUUCCUACUCUGUAGUGACAUGAGUCUUUACACGACUAGAUAUGAUGUUCUUUUUUACACUUUGUAAUACAUGUUGAUCAAGUGAACUACUUUCGAUGACUGCAAAUAUCCUGAAAAUCAACAUUUAUGAAAUGUAAAAUUACUAAUAUAAUUAUUAAUGUAGUAUUAUCUUUUUAAAAUAAUGACUGCGGUGCUUGAUUGAGGUGGUGAUAUACAUAGACAUAUAUUUUUAUCAAUAAACAUUUCUUAUCAAACAUCA